GUUUAUUUGUUCUAUACCUAUAUACUUGACUUUGCUUAUGGAAAAGAUUAAAUAAACAAACAUUAUGAGUCCUAGUUUUCAGUUUUUUAACCAGAAUGCUCCUUAAACAUGGCCAGCUAGCUAAUGUGAAGUCAUCUCUCUCUCUCUCUCUCUCUCUCUGUGCAGUACCCCCUUGGAUUACUUGUAUUCGAGCUCUCAAAAACCCAUAAUAGAGCGUUAGUUUUUCCAACAAAUAAUGGAAAGAACCUUUGUGUUGAUAUGCUUCUUCUGGGCCGUCCUCACAAUCAUCACACCAACACUUAUUCUCCUGUCGGAGAAUUCUAAGCUCUUGGAUUCAAAUGGUGAGAAAAGUGGAGGAGUGAAGGCUCAGCCUAGAAGAAUGAUGGGAUUUGCAGAUCAGAAACGUCCAAGCAAAGCAUCAAUACCUCUACCAUUAAUGGAGGCACCGGCUCCGGCUCCAGCACCGGCUCCAGCUCCAGCACCGGCAGUUAAACAAGCAUCAAAUCCAACUUUACGAGCCAAAAGAUCAGCUAUCUCGACUAUUUCUUUAAUGGAGCAAUGAUAGUACUAUUGGUGAUAAGUCCAAGAUAAAGCUAAAGAUUAAGCCUAAGAACAUGCCCAGGCGCAACCUUUGGAGACAGACACACUGAGUUGUAGAUAUAUAUAUAUAUAUAUAAUAUAUAUAUAUAUAACCCUAGCUGCUCCUAGAAGAGUGCUGCAUUGCUUUAAGCUUAUAAAUGGAACCUUUGUUUCUUUGCGAUAGAGGAAAGAAAUUAAUUAAGGGUGUGGAUUGUCCAAGCAGAUUGGGUGUAAACUGGUGUAUCAUUCACUUGUUUAUGCACGGCUUGUUUCUUAAUUAAUACUACGAAGAUUUUGUAAAGUGGCUUGCAAGUAGUUUGAAGGCAGGCUGUUCUGACCAUUCUGCCUCUGCCUCUUUGCAAAUCUCUCUGUUUGGCCUAGAAAUCCCUACCAUUUAGGUAUACUAACACCGAUACCAAUAUUGUUUGGUCUUGUUUGCGAUGAAUU